UGUGUAAGAGGGGUGGGACGGAGAUGGCACCCAGGAUCUCUGGGGCACUUGCUCCUUUCUGAGCCAGACAAGGGUCAGGAGCUGGACUGGGACCAGAACACCAGCAAGGCGUCAGAGAAUGUUCUCUAAAUAAAACCAUGGCGCUUAAGAAAAAUAACCACCUUCUCAUCUUCUACCUCAGUUUCUCACUGUUCAUCUACGUAAAGAAUUCUUUUUGCAAUAAAAACAACACCAGGUGCCUGUCAAAUUCUUGCCAAAACAAUUCUGCAUGCAAAGGUUUUUCACAAGACAGCAAUUGCCAUUGUUCAGACAUAACCAAUAAUUUGGACAAAGACUGUGACAACAUGAGAGAUCCUUGUUUCUCCAGUCCCUGUCAAGGAAGUGCCACUUGUGUGAACACCCCAGGAAAAAGGAGCUUUCAGUGCCAAUGUCCUCCUGGGUAUAGUGGGAUCACCUGUGAAAUUACCACUGGUUCCUGUGGUAUGAACUCCUGCCAACAUGGUGGUAUUUGCCACCAAGACCCUGUCGACCCUGUCUGCAUCUGCCCUGCUGGAUACACUGGAAGAUUCUGUGAAAUAGAUCACAAUGAUUGUGCUUCCAGCCCUUGCCACAAUGGGGCUGUGUGCCAGGAUGGCAUCAAUGGCUAUUCCUGCUUUUGUGUCCCAGGAUAUCAAGGAAGGCACUGUGACUUGGAAGUGAAUGAAUGUGUUUCAGAUCCCUGCAAGAAUGGGGCUACGUGUCUCAAUGAGAUAGGAAGAUACACUUGUAUCUGUCCUCAAUAUUAUUCUGGUGUGAACUGUGAAUUGGAAAUUGAUGAAUGUUGGUCCCAGCCCUGUCUAAAUGGUGCAACUUGUCAGGAUGCUCUGGGAGCAUAUUUCUGUGACUGUGCCCCUGGGUUUCUAGGGGACCACUGUGAGCUCAACUUUGAUGAAUGUGCGAGUCAGCCGUGUCUCCAUGGAGGGCUGUGCAUGGAUGGAGGAAACAGAUAUAGCUGUAACUGCACAGGUAGUGGAUUCACAGGGACACACUGUGAGACCUUGAUGCCUCUUUGUUGGUCAAAACCUUGUCACCAUAAUGCUACCUGUGAGGACAGUGUUGACAAUUACAUUUGUCACUGCUGGCCUGGAUACACAGGUGCCCAGUGUGAGAUGGACAUCAACGAAUGCGAGAGUAACCCCUGCCAGUCUGAUGGGGAAUGCAUAGAGCUGUCCUCAGAGAAACAAUAUGGUCGUAUUGCUGGGCUGCCUUCUUCAUUCAGCUACCUUGAAGCCUCGGGCUACGUUUGUAUCUGUCAGCCUGGAUUCACAGGAAUUCAUUGUGAAGAAGACAUCGAUGAAUGUUCAUCAAACCCUUGCCAAAACGGUGGUACUUGUGAGAACUUGCCUGGGAAUUAUACUUGCCAUUGCCCAUUUGACAACAUUUCUGGAACAUUUUAUGGAGGAGAGAACUGUUCUGACAUUCUCCUGGGCUGCACCCAUCACCAAUGUCUAAACAAUGGAGUAUGCAUACCUCACUUCCAAAAUGACCAACAUGGAUUCAGCUGCCUAUGUCCACCUGGAUAUACUGGAUCAUUGUGUGAAACUGUCACCACACUUUCAUUUGAGGGCAGUGGCUUUCUAUGGGUCACAAGUAGCCCACAUACAACCAAGGACUCAGUUUGUAACAUAGCCUUCAGGUUUCAGACUGUUCAGCCAACAGCACUUCUACUUUUCCAAGGGAACAGGGACACAUUUGUAAAGAUGGAGUUGCUAAGUGGCUACAUUCACUUAUCAAUUCAAGUUCAUAAUCAGUCAAAAGUGCUUCUGUACAUUUCCCACAACACCAGCGAUGGAGAGUGGCAUUCAGUGGAGGUAAUAUUUGCAGAGACCGUGACCCUUACCUUAGCCAGCAGCUCUUGUACAGAGAAAUGCAUCGCUAAAGUUCCUUCUCCAUUUGAAAGGACUCAAUCAAUAUGUGCUUUUCAAAACUCUUUUUUGGGUGGUUUACCUGUGGGAUCAGCCAGCAAUGCAGUCACUCUGCUUAACAUCUAUAAUAUCCCAUCCACACCUUCGUUUGUAGGCUGUCUCCAAGACAUUAAAUUUGAUUUGAAUCCCAUUACCUGGGAGAACAUUUCAUCUGGCUUGUCAUUAAAUGUCAAGGCAGGCUGCGUGAGGAAGGAUUGGUGUGAGAGUCAACCUUGUCAGAAUAGAGGACGCUGCAUCAACUUGUGGCUCAGCUACCAGUGUGACUGCUACAGGCCCUAUGAAGGUCCCAGCUGUCUGAGAGAGUAUGUGGCAGGCAGAUUUGGCCAGGAUGACUCCACUGGAUAUGCUGUCUUUAAUCUUGACAGGAGUUAUGGACAGAACUUCAGCCUCUCCAUGUUUGUCCGAACAAAUCGACCGUCAGGCUUACUUCUAACUUUGAAAAACAGCACUUACCAGCAUAUUCGUGUCUGGCUAGAGCAUGGAAGAUUAGCACUGCUGACUCCAAGCUCUCCUAAAUUCACAGUAGAAUUUGUUCUUAGUGAUGGAAAUGUCCACUUAGUGACUUUGAAAAUCAAGCCAAAUAAAAUUGAAUUGUAUCAAUCUUCACAAAACCUUGGAUUUAUUUCUGCUCCCACAUGGAAAAUCCAGAGAGGAGAUGUCAUCUACAUUGGUGGCCUGCCUGACAAGAAAGAGACUGAAAUUUAUGGUGGCUUCUUCAAAGGCUGUAUCCAAGAUGUAAGAUUAAAUAACCAAAAUCUGGAAUUCUUUCCAAAUUCCACAAACAGUCCAUCCCACAGUCCAAUUCUUGUCAAUGUGACUCAAGGCUGUCUGGGAGACAACAUCUGCAAGACCAAUCCCUGUCACAAUGGAGGCAUUUGUUAUUCCCUGUGGGACGACUUCUCCUGCUCCUGCCCUGCAAAUACAGCUGGGAAAGCCUGUGAAGAAGUUCGGUGGUGUGAACUCAGCCCCUGCCCUCCCAGUGCCCAGUGCCGGUUGGUGCCCAAAGGAUUCGAAUGUAUUGCAAAUGCUGUUUUUAACGGACAAAGCAGUGAAAUAUUGUUCAGAAGUAAUGGGAACAUUACCAGAGAACUCACCAAUAUCACAUUUGGAUUCAGAACAAAAGAUGCAAAUGUGAUAAUAUUGCACGCAGAAAAAGAGCCUGAGUUUCUUAAUAUUAGCAUUCAAGAGUCCAGAUUAUUCUUUCAAUUGCGAAGUGGCAACAGCUUUUAUGUGCUGCAUCUUACAAGUCUGCAGUCAGUGAAUGAUGGCACAUGGCACCAAGUGGCUCUUUCCAUGAUAGACCCACUGGCCCAGGCCUCCAGGUGGCAAAUGGAAGUGGACCAUCAAACACCUUUCGUGACCAGUGCAAUCGCUACUGGAAACCUCAACUUUUUGAAGGACAAUACAGACAUUUAUGUGGGUGACAGAGCUCUUAACAAUAGGAAGGGCCUGCAAGGGUGUCUAAGUACAAUAGAAAUAGGAGGCAUUUAUCUCUCUUACUUUGAAAAUACUCAUGGUUUCACUAAUAAACCUCAGGAAGAGCAGUUUCUUAAAAUCUCUACAAAUUCAGUGGCUACUGGCUGUUUACAAUUAAAUGUCUGCAACUCCAACCCCUGUUUGCAUGGAGGAAAUUGUGAAGACAUCUAUAGCUCGUAUCACUGUUCCUGUCCCUUGGGAUGGUCAGGGACACACUGUGAACUCAACAUUGAUGAAUGCUUUUCAGACCCCUGUAUCCAUGGCAACUGCUCUGACAGAGUCGCAGCCUACCACUGCAGGUGUGAGCCUGGAUACACUGGUGUGAACUGUGAAAUGGAGAUAGACAAUUGCCAGAAUCACCAAUGUGCAAAUGGGGCCACCUGCAUUAGUGAGACUAAUGGCUAUUCUUGCCUCUGUUUUGGAAAUUUUACGGGAAAAUUUUGCAGAUACAGAAGAUUACCCUCAACAGUCUGUGGGAAUGAACAGACAAAUCUCACUUGCUACAAUGGAGGUAACUGCACAGAGUUUCAGACUGAAUUAAAAUGUAUGUGCCGGCCAGGUUUUACCGGAGAACGGUGUGAAAAGGACAUUGAUGAGUGCGCCUCCAAUCCCUGUUUCAACGGAGGCCUGUGCCAGGACCUACUCGACAAAUUCCAGUGCCUCUGCGAUGUCGCCUUCGCUGGGGAGCGCUGCGAGCUGGACUUGGCAGAUGACUUGAUCUCAGACAUUUUCACUGCCAUUGGCUCAGUGACGUUAGCCCUAUUAUUCAUCCUCUUGCUGGCUGUUGCUGCUUCUAUUAUUGCCUCCAAAAAAAGGGCAACUCAGGGAACCUACAGCCCCUGCCGCCAAGAGAAAGAAGGCUCUCGAGUGGAAAUGUGGAGCAUGAGGCAGCCCCCCACGUUGGAGAGGUUGAUUUAGAAGCAUGGUGCCCCUUUGAGAAAGGGGUCGGCUCAAGGUGAACUGAUGAUUGGACUUGAGUGAUUUUUUUGGACAUACCUGGAGACACUAAUUCAACUUGGAUUGCACUGGAACUGUGAGAAGGAUAAUUUUGAUCUCCUUAAAGAUUUUCAUAGUGGUUUGACUUGACACCAUUGUUUUUUUUUAUAUUAACCAAUUAUUAAACUAUGUCUGCAUCAUUAAUUUCAGCCUCAUAUAUAGCAAAAACAUCUUCCAGAGCACUGUAUCUUUUGCAAAAAGCUCCAGUGGCUAUUGUUUAAACUCUUUACUCUGCAACCUGGGAACAACGUUUUAGUGUGCCCUUUAGCAGACAACUACCAUUUUUUUUUAAUACAGGAACUACAGUAACAACAACAAAACAAUAGAAUACAUUUCUCUUUCUAUCAUGUGGUGAAAGGUUUAAUUAUAUGCCUGUGAUUAGAUAUACAGUCUCAUCCUUUAAUCAAGUACUUAGAGAAAGCCAUGGUCAAAAAGGUGAAAAAGUGAUCAAACCAUAGAAAAAUAACCAUUGAAAUGUGGUGGUUCUUCUGAGUAUUUUUUUUUUUUGCAUUUUGUGGCAUUAAAUGUGACAAAGCAACCCAUGGAAGCAUUUGAAGAACAUGUUUAUGAAUCUUUUAACUAAAUCAUCUCACAAAAAAAUCCUUAUACUAUUUUAUAUUUUUGUGAUACUGAGAUUACAGGCAUGUGCCACUGUGCCCACUAUAGUCUUUAUUCUUUGUAAAGGUUAGUUUAAAAUCAAAACACUUUCUAGAAAGAAGUUAAAAAAGCAAUAAAACUCAAAUUCUCAAUUCUGAAAGACCUAUUUUUGAUAGGUCACCAAGAGUGACAUUCCAAGGUAAGAACCCUAAGUGAGAUAAGCUCAUGGUAAGGGUUAUGUGUACAGACCAUCUAUAUGGUCUGAGGAGGAAAAUCCUGGGCCUUCUAUUUAUAUAUUUAUCUACCCAGUAUUUGUUAUAUUUUUACAUAUGUUUUGAAACACAUGUAACAACAUACUACUAAAGUAUAAUACAAAUCAAACAUUGAAAUACAUGCCUAUAUAUUUGGGGUAUAUGCUCAAACAUCUUAAUGAUAUGAAUUUUUAAAUUUGGUCUAAAAUAAUCUUGUUAAUUACUCAAUGACAUAAUUCCAGAAAAUUCCUCUCUCUUUGAAUAUCAUCAGUUUUCCCGCUUUAUUGAAUCAUUCCCUUAAGCACCAAACAUGCUGUUCUAUGUCCCAUAACAUAGAAUUCUCUCCUAUGACCAUAUAUCCUUUUCAGUCAAGUAUCUGCAAAAGCAUUUUCUAUCUUCUCUUUCUCUUCCAAUCUUCUCUUGAAUUCAAACUAAUUUGCCCUUUCUGUCCAUCAAAGACUUUCCCAUUGCCAACUAUAAUGGUCAGUACUCAGUCUUCCACUUCUCUGACCUUUCAGAAUAUGAAAUAAUUGUCACUCCUGCUGACAUACUUUCCACACAAUGAUACACUCACUAUUCUACCUCCUCUUACCUCACCAUCAGUCCCUUCUCAGUCUGUUGCUGGUUUCUCCUUGUCUCUUAAACUCUGCUUUAUUUUUUUCCAUAUUGUUUAUCACUAUUUUUUCCUAUUUCCCCUGAUUGGAAUUUAAGUUAUAUGAGGAAAAGAACUUUGUUUGUUUUCCCUGCACUUACAACAGACCCUAGUGACAACAUAAUAAAUAUUUUAUGGCUAAACCAACAAAUAAUGAGUGAAUGUUGUUUGCAUUUGUACCUGCUAACAGCAAAAUCCCAGUGUGCCCAAGAUGAGUGUGUUCUGUCAUUGGAUGAUCUGGCUCCUAAACUAUCAUGGCUCUGUAGCCUUCUUAACGUCUUAAUCUCUGAUUUUCCCUCAAUAUCUAACUUUGCUUUAAGCGUAAGUUCAAGAAGACAGAUGUCUCUAGAUGUCUACAUUUGGAGUAUGCCAUGAGACAUGUUUAUCUUUGUAUCCCAUUAAAGUUACAACUUCUUAAUAGAGUUUUAUAUGGGAAGGACAAAAAGAGCUGUUGCCUAAAGGAAAAAGAAAUAAGUA